ACGCGUGCUGCAGCAGCCAGCAACGGUGAAUGAUCGCUGGUAUACCUUCACCGCGCGUUUGACCCCGAGCCGUUAGAUUCACGGUCACGCCACGUCCCACUGGAAGAACCAGUUGCGCUCGUUCAAGAUGUUCUGGCUCUGGUGGAGAACUCGGGACACUCCGAAAAAAUCGCGGCGUAAAGCGAAAACAACCUCUGCAAUCAGCGAUGCCUCGAAAAAUCAAACUCCACCGACGCUGCUCUCGAGUCUCAGAAGCGUACUUUUUGUUAUUGGAACUGUGGUAGUCGGAUUUGCUGCUUUUUGCAAUUCUUUGACAUGGCACUUACAAAGAUUCUGGGGUGCAUCUGGGGACUUUUGGCAAGCUCAGUGGGACAAAAUUUUGGAUAAAUUUGGAGAUAAUCCGGUCACACUUUGGGUUUACGGUUCUUUAUCGUUGACGAUAGUUGUUUACUGGGUUGUUGGCGGAAUUUACACCAUCCUGGAUGUCACCAAUCGACCAGCGGCGCUGCGCAGAUAUAAAAUACAGCCCGGCACGAACGAGCCGGUGGACAAGAGGGAGUUAUGCAAAGUGAUCGCUCAAGUACUGUUCAAUCAGAUCGUCGUCGGCUUUCCCAUUAUGUACCUCGGCUAUUACUUCAUGGAAUGGCGCGGUUUCCCUCCGGUGCGCGAGCUGCCGACCUUCCACUGGGUGCUCGCCGAGAUCGCGAUUCACAUAUUAUGCGAGGAAAUUGGCUUUUAUUACUCGCACAGAUUCCUCCACAACCGUUCUGUAUAUAAAUAUAUACAUAAGCAGCAUCAUGAAUGGACCGCGCCCAUAGCCGUGACCGCGUUGUAUUGUCAUCCUCUGGAGCACGUCGGUUCGAACCUACUUCCACCCUUUUUGGGUGUAUGCAUUAUGGGCUCCCACGUGGCCACCGCCUGGAUUUGGUUCUCACUCGCGAUACUUUCGACGUUGAAUGCACAUUCUGGAUACCACCUACCGUUCUUCCCAUCGCCGGAGGCGCACGACUUCCAUCAUUUAAAAUUCAAUCAGUGCUACGGUGUGUUGGGCGUUCUCGAUCGAAUCCAUGGCACCGACACGCAAUUCCGCAAUUCCAGGAAUUACACGCGUCACGUGAUGAUGCUCAGCCUUGUGCCGCCUAGGGAAGUUUUUCCGGAUGAGGCAAAGUACAAAUCAAAGUAGAAGAACUCCACGACGAUCGUAUGAAAGUUCUCGAGAUAAUUUUCAACCAGAGAAACUUUCCGCACAAGAUGUAAUAUUUCCGCAGUCGCAGGAGUGACUGAGCUUGGAGAUGGCAGAUUGUGACUAAUCGAUCUUGGUCGGCUGAAAGUACGCGUACAAUCGAUAAGCUUCUUCAGUAAAAUCGGAAUAAAAACUUUUAAUAUAUACGCGAUCUUAAUCAUUCCUUUAACCGGUAAUUAAUUUCUUUCGUCGCAAUUGUCGCAAAUAUGUCAAAAUGAAAAAGAUCCGCGAGGUGAAUCUUCAGUUUAACCAGGUUUUACCAGGUUUUACCAUAGUUAUCUAAUACUUAACUUACCGUCACGAGUAAAAUUUGUUAUUCGCUCAUUGGUCUAGUGAUAACUGUAUAUAUAAAUACUAUUCAAGGUUAGAUUGAAUAGAGAAAAUAGCGAGAACAUUUUUCUUAAAAGAUUCAUAACUUAAAUCUUUAAAAUGUUAAAAAAGAUUAUAACAAGAAUUGAUUUUUUUCGGUUGAACUUUGUCAUAAUACGUAUAUCUUUUUUAUUAAUAUUUUUAGCAUUAUGAUAUGUAUUUAAGUUGUACAUUUAUGCACAAGUUCUUACGUUAAAUUAAUAGCAUUAUAUUAAUGAGCAAUGUGUCGAAUUUAUAAAAUAUGAUUUUAAUUACGUAUCGUAAUAUAUAUAAUACAUUAUAAUUAUAUAUAAUACGAUAAAGAUGUUCCCACUCGUUAGAAAAUUCUUUGUUUUCGCGAUUUUCAUACAUGUAUUUCUUACAAGAGAGAAACUUUAUAUAGAUUUAAACUGAAAAUAUAAAUGUGCAUUUAUUUGAUUAGAUAAGUUUCUAAAUCGCGCGUUUUGCAACAAUUCAUAGUCUUGAAAAGAAAAUACCAAGAAGAAAAGACAAGAGAGGUAUUUGUUAUUACAUAUUUUGAAAUCACAUUAGAUUAUUGGAGAUUAUAACAAGAUACAGAUAUCUGAAUGUGCAAAUAUGUAAAGCAUGUACGUACAUAAAGUUCUAUCUCUCUCUCUGCAUUGUGAUUUUCAUCGAGUAGAUAAAAUUCGUAAUUUACACGUAUUACUAACGUUAUUAAAUUUAUGUAUCUCUAUAUGACAAGCUUAUUAAAAUAAAAUCUUUCCAGAUAC